AUGCAUGGGGUUUUCACAUCUGAUGAUUACUAUGGGAUUGUUACCACAAAUGAUCUCAUUUUCCAUUCAGCCAUCAUAAGCAAUCUUGACCUGUGGCAUCAAAGAUUAAGUCAUAUGAAUUUCGAAGACCUAACUAAGAUUGCCAACAAAGAGCUAGUGAGAGGACUGCCCAAAAUGGAAUUGAUCAAUGUGGUUAUAAAUGACACAGGGUCUCCCACUCCAGCUAUACAUGAGGAAGAAAAUGGCGAGUCUCUAAUCUUGGAUACUGAACCACAAAGUCAAGAAGAAGUAGAGGGCCAAGCACAAGAAGAUUAUAUGACACAUGAGUUUGAAAUGAGCAUGAUGGGGGAGUUGUCUUACUUCUUAGGUCUUCAAAUUAAACAGUCUCCGUCGGGUAUGUUUGUCUCUCAGACCAAGUAUGCCAAAAAUCUUGUAUCUAAGUUUGGUCUAGAGUUGGCCAAACAUGUAUGUACUCCCAUGAGCACCAGUCUUCACCUUUCCAAAGAUUCCUCUAGUAUUGAUGUUGAUCUUACCCUUUAUAGGAGUAUGAUAGGGAGUCUCUUGUACCUCACAGCCAAUCAACCUGACAUUGCAUUUAGUGUAAGUGUUUGUGCGCGUUACCAAGCCUAUCCUAAAGAGUCUCAUCUGCUUGCAGUCAAAUGCAUGAUUAAGUAUGUUAAUGGGACAUUAGGCUAUGGGAUUUGGUUCACGACCGACACUACCGCUGAAAUCAUUGGUUUUUCUGAUGCCGAUUGGGCAGGGUGUGCUGAUGAUCAUAAGAGCACAUUUGGAGGGUCUCACUUGAUAGUGUGA